AUGGCUCCAAAGGCUUCAGCUCUUUGCAGUAUAGCUCUUCUCCUCAUGCUCCUCUCCCCAUCCCUUGCGAGCUUUCCUACCUCAGUUUUCAACUCAGAAUCCAUCUGCAAUUACACCCCACAUGCAGAUUUCUGCAAAUGGAUUUUGCCCCCCAACAAGUUCACCACCAUGUUCGACUAUGGCAGGCUUGCAGUCCAUCGAUCUUUAGUUACUGCUCACAGUUUUCUUGGUUUGGUCAAGUAUUUCCUCGGACUCCCUUCGACUUCGUUCUUGAGCACGAUUUGGGCCCUCCAGGAUUGCCAGUUUCUGGCAGAGAUGAACGUGGAUUUCUUGUCAUACACUUUGGAAACUAUCAAUUCUAAGGACAGUCUAGAUAGCUUCCUGGCUGAUGAUUUGCAUACUUUGCUCAGCGCUGUUUUAACUAAUGUACAAACUUGUCUGGAGGGGCUUGAGGCUACACCAUCAGCUUCAAGUAUCAAGAAUGGUCUAUUACCAUCUAUCUCUAAUGGAACAAAGUUCUACAGUGUCUCUCUUGCACUCUUCAGGCAGGGUUGGAUUCAUGACAUUACCAAAUCGCUUACAGGAAGAAACUAUGUGUUUUCCAAUUUGGGAAAUGGUAGAAAUGCUCCUUUACCUUUGAGAAUGUCAAGCCAUGACCAAGCAAUUUAUGAAUCUGCAUGCGGACAGAAGCAUGUUCAGACAGAUGGGGAAGGGGUUUCAGUGAGUCAAGUGGUGCUUGUAAACCCUGAUGGAAGUGGCAAUUUUACCACCAUCAAUGACGCAGUGGCCGCAGCACCAGAUAAUACCGGUGACAGCAGCCAAUACUUUGUGAUUUAUGUGGUUGCUGGCGUUUACGAAGAGUACGUUUGCAUACCAAAGAAGAAGCAGAACCUGAUGAUGAUCGGUGAUGGUAUUAACAGAACGGUAAUCACUGGAAAUCGCAACUUCGUCGAUGGAUCAACCACGUUCAAUUCUGCAACAUUUGCUGUCGUUGGGAAAGGAUUUGUUGCAGUGAACAUAACAUUGCGCAACACAGCCGGUCCUAUCAAGCACCAAGCUGUCGCAGUUCGGAAUGGGGCUGACAUGUCCACGUUUUACAGUUGCAGCUUCGAAGGAUACCAGGACACCUUAUACGCUCACUCCCUUCGGCAAUUUUACAGAGACUGCGACAUUUAUGGCACCAUCGAUUUCAUAUUCGGAAAUGCUGCUGUUGUCCUCCAAAACUGCAACAUCUACCCUCGACUGCCAUUAGAAAACCAAUUCAACACCAUUACUGCACAGGGAAGGAUCGAUCCUAACCAAAACACAGGCAUAUCGAUUCACAAUUCUGUCAUCAGAGCUGCUGAUGAUCUGGCCUCAACUAACGGGACCACGAAAACAUACCUGGGAAGGCCUUGGAAGCAGUAUUCAAGAACAGUUUAUAUGCAAAGUUUCAUGGACAAGCUGAUUGAACCUUCAGGUUGGAGUGAAUGGUCUGGAAAUUUUGCACUUGAUACGCUUUACUAUGCAGAGUAUAAGAACAAGGGUCCAGGAUCAAACACUGAUUCCAGAGUUAGAUGGCCUGGAUUCCAUGGGAAUAUAAAUGAGAUUGAUGCUGCUAACUUCACUGUUUCCAACUUCAUCCAAGGUGAAAGCUGGUUGCCUGCAACAGGAGUUCCUUUUGAUGGGGGCUUGCAUUAUUGA